AUGCCAUUGCACUCCUUGCACGCCCCCCCUCAUUCCAUGCAGGAGUACUGGGAGUGGACGUGGGAAUACUGGGAGUGGACGUGGGCGGACAUGGCACGCCACGACCUGCCAGCGCAGAUAGACCACAUCCUGGCAGCCUCUCACACGGGAGCGAGGCAGGUGUUCUACGUGGGCCACUCGCAGGGCACGCUCACCUUCCUCUCCGCCCUCACUGCGGGUUACCUGCCACCCGCCACCAUCGCUGCUGCGUUCCUUCUCGCCCCUGUUACCUCCCUGGCACACCUCUCUUCACCCAUCGCCCACGAGGCAGCCAAGCUUGAUUUAGAUCGGCUGGUGAGAGCAACGCGCCUGCACGAGUUCAGCCUGCGCAAUGCCCUGGGCGAGCUGGUGGUUGCCAGUGCCUGCGCCUCUCCUCGUAUCAACUGCUCCUCCCUGCUCUCCGCAUUCACAGGUCCCAACUGCUGCAUUGACAUCCAGCACUUUGCCAAGCUUGUUCCAUGGUUCCCUCUCGCAUCAUUG